AUUCCUUCAAUCUUUUUUUUAAUUUUAUUUUUUCAAUAAAAAAAAGAUUUUUUUUUUUUUAAAAGGACAUUUCCUCAAUCUGAUUGGCUCGCUUGGCUAUGACGUAUACAGGAAGUGUGCACGCAAGCUACCGAAACCAUAACAUUGCAUGGAACUCUAACUACACGUCCUUCUAUCGUCUCAUAUCUCACACUUUUACGCGCCGGGUCGUCGUAGCUUGUUUUUUUUUACUUUCGUCCAGUAGUUGCUAAAAAUGUAAAACAUUUGACGUACUGCGUUUUAAAAACAUGUCGCUAGCAUACUGCUGCUGUGUCACUGUGCAACGUGACCAAAAGAUGACGCAAACUGACGAAACUGUCGUAAAAAAUGAGAAUGUGACCCACUGCUCAGCAGCCCCGCCCUCCCCUAAAAAGGAGUCUUAUUUGUGCAUUUUCAUUUAGGAUGCCUCGUCUGGAGGAGUUGGCCAACGUGGCCCUCAGGGUGCCCAGCAUCUUGGCCCUGGACCUGCUCUACAAGUGUGACAUAGACAGCCUAACGGAGCACCUCAAGGCCAAAAACCAAGACAUGCUCUUCAAAUAUAAAUAUGUCAUCUGGAACAUGUACUACCUUGGUCACGUGAUCAACGCGGUGGUGCUGGUGCUGCCAUUGAGACACAUCGUGACGCUCUACCUCCACGUCCUGGCCGCCAUGCUGCUCUACAUGGGCCACCAGAUCUCCAAGGAGUAUAUUCGUGAGGAGAUGCAGUCUGGCUACGAAGGCGCGGUGUACCUCCAUUCUCUGGCCUUCAACAGAUUUGUGUCUGCGCUGACAAGUCAGAUCAUUCUCAGCACGCUGUGUGCCUUCCUGAUGAAGACCAGGAAGCUGUGGCUCUUCUCCGCUCACUUCCUCCCCCUGCUGGCCAGACUGUGCACCGCCGCACCCUCCACGCUGCUCACGCUCAACGUCCUCUCCUCGGGACUGACGGGGACCGCCGUCGCCGUCUUCCUCCUCGCCAACCUCUUUGUGCCAUACCGCCUCGCCAAGGCCGCGUAUUCACAACUGCUUCAGGUCGAGGUGCUGGAGCUGUACAGGCUUCUGGCGGUGGGAAUCUCCCUGUGGAACCAGUUCGCAGUCCCGGUGCUCUUCAGCAUCUUCUGGUUUGUUCUCUUCGUCGUCCACCUGUGCUCCGACGCCAUGUCAGGCUCCGCCUCCACCUUGCACCAGGGCAUCACGUUCUUCCUGCUCACAAGUGUUUCGGAAUGUUGCGCAACACCGUACUCUCUCCUGGGUCUGACCUUCGUGGUUUCCUACCUGGCCCUCGGACUGCUCAACCUGUGCAAGUUCUACCUGGGGGGCUACGCCGCCUUGCAGAACGAGAACGUCAUGCACAGGGGUGUGACCGAGGGCGUGACGCUGCUCCUGCUGGCCCUGCAGACGGGCCUGCUGGAUAUGCAGGCCGCGCAGCGCACCUUCCUCCUCAGCAUCAUCCUCUUCAUCGUGGUCACGUCCACGCUGCAGUCCAUGAUUGAGAUCACCGACCCGGUGAUCCUGGCCCUGGGAGCGUCCCGCAACAGGAGUUUCUGGAGACACUUCUGUGGCCUCAGCAUGUGUCUUCUCCUGCUGGUCUUCCCAGUCUUCAUGGCUUACAAAAUUUCCCAGUUCUUCCACAUGGACUUUUGGCUCCUUAUUUUGGUGUCCAGCUGCGUGCUGACGUCCCUUCAGGUCACGGGCACGCUGCUUGUCUACUCUCUCUUCAUGGCGGAGCUCUUCCGCAGCGAGCCCAUCGAGAACCUGGACGAGGUGAUCUACUGGGUCAACGCCGUCAGCCGGGUGCUGGAGUUCAUGGUGGCGCUGUGCGUGGUGGCGUACGGCACCUGGGAGUCCCUGUUUGGCGAGUGGAGCUGGAUGGGCGCCUCCGUCAUCAUCAUCCACUCCUACUUCAACGUCUGGCUGCGGGCGCAGUCGGGCUGGCGGAGCUUCCUGCUGCGACAGGAAGCGGCCAAGAAGAUCAACUCCCUGCCCAGAGCCACGGCGCAGCAGCUGCAGCGGCACGACGACGUCUGCGCCAUCUGCUUCCAGGAGAUGAGCGCCGCCGUCAUCACGUACUGCGGCCACCUUUUCCACGGCAACUGCCUCCGCAAGUGGCUCUACGUGCAGGAGACCUGCCCCAUGUGCCACCAGACGGUCCGGCCCGCUAUGCGGGCCGACCUCGGCCCCGCGGACCCGGGUCCUCGGGAGGGGGAACCCAACGUGGACGAUGGCGGUGACACUCCCGCCGAGGAGACAGGUAACAUGGUGGCGAACGACUCCGGCGAGGAGACGGUCCGGGGUCCGUGUUUUAGCCCCGGUGGCGACUCGGGUUCAGGACCGUCGGCCCGGAAGGAGGACAGCUCCCAGAAUUGCGGGGACAGUGGGGUAAAGGGCAUGGAGACGUCAGCGGGGUGCGGUCAGUCCACAGGAGACACCAAUCCCGAUGACGGUCUCCGUGGUGACCGCCACCAGGGGUCCGUCCAAUCAUGUCCGAACGGCACAGAACUUUCAGGACACACCCGCACACGUUCAGAACUGGACUCAGGGAAGCUCUGAGAGACACAAAACACCUCCACUUCCCACUUUUGGCACCUUUUUUUUUAACAUUUUCUCAUCAGUUUUGGCCUUUUUGUCCAUAGCUUUUUCCUUUUAUGAAGCUAAGGGUUUGUUUUUUUGCUAGUUAGCAAAAACUGAUUUACACAAAACUGUCUGAAGCAAUUAUUAGGGAUGUCAAAAAAGAUUUUCAAAUGAACCGCGAUUCUUAGUCGAUUAAAAAAUUGUUUAAUAUGUCCUAUUCAGCCUUUUAGGCAAAUCAUAUUUUUGAUAUAAAGGAGGGGUGUCAAACUCAUUUUCAUUGGGGGCCACGUCGCAGUAAUGGCUGCUUUCAAAGGGCCGCUAUUUUAAAAUGUUGGCCUUUUUGUCCACAUACUUCAGCUUUUUCCUUUUGUGGGUUGUUUUUUUUGUUUUGUUUUUUUGCUAGAUUUACACAAAACCCUCUGAAGCAAUUAUUAGGGAUGUCAAAACAUUUUUUAUUUUCAGAUGAACCGCGAUUCUUAGUCGAUUACAUUUUUUUUUAAUAUGUCCUAUUUAGCCAUUUAGGCAAAUCAUAUUUUUGAUAUAGAGGAGGGGUGUCAAACUCAUUUUCAUUGGGGGGCCACGUCGCAGUAAUGGCUGCUUUCAAAGGGCCGCUAUUUUAAAAUGUUGGCCUUUUUGUCCACAUACUUCAGCUUUUUCCUUUUGUGAAGCUAAGGUUUUGUUUUUUUGCUAGUUAGCAAAAAACUGAUUUACACAAAACCCUCUGAAGCAAUUAUUAGGGAUGUCAACAUUUUCUAUUUUCAAAUGAACUGCGAUUCUUAGUCGAUUACAUUUUUUUUAAAUAUGUCCUAUUUAGCGUUUUUGGCAAAUCAUAUUUUUGAUAUAGAGGAGGGGUGUCAAACUCAUUUUCAUUGGGGGCCACGUCGCAGUAAUGGCUGCUUUCAAAGGGCCGCUUUUUUUAAAUUUUGGCCUUUUUGUCCACAUACUUCAGCUUUUUCCUUUUGUGAAUCUAAGGUUGUUUUUUUUGUUUUGUUUUUUUGCUAGAUUUACACAAAACCCUCUGAAGCAAUUAGGGAUGCCAAAAAAAAUCCAUUUUCAAAUGAACCGCGAUUCUUAGUCGAUUAAUUUUUUUUAAAACAUGUCCUAUUUAGCCCUUUAGGCAAAUCAUAUUUUUGAUAUAGAGGAGGGGUGUCAAACUCAUUUUCAUUGGGGGCCACGUCGCAGUAAUGGCUGCUUUCAAAGGGCCGCUAUUUUAAAAUUUUGGCCUUUUUGUCCACAUACUUCAGCUUUUUCUUUUUUGUGAAGCUAAGGGUUUGUUUUUUUGCUACUUAGCAAAAACUGAUUUACACAAAACCCUCUGAAGCAAUUAUUAGGGAUGUCAGAAAAAAAAAGAUUUUCAAAUGACCCACAAUUCUUAAUCGAUUAAAUAUUGUUUUAAUACGUCCUAUUCAGCCUUUUAGGCAAAGCAUAUUUUUGAUAUAGAGGAGGGGUGUCAAACUCAUUUUUUAAAAUUUUGGCCUUUUUGUCCACAUACUUCAGCUUUUUCCUUUUGUAAAUCUAAGGGUUUGUUUUUUUUUGUUUUUUUGCUAGUUAUCAAAAAACUGAUUUACACAAAACCCUCUGAAGCAUUUAUUAGGGAUGUCAAAAAAAAAAAAAAUUCAGAUGAACCGCUAUUCUUAGUCGAUUAAAUAUUGUUUUAAUAUGUCCUAUUCAGCCUUUUAGGCAAAUCGUAUUUUUGAUAUAGAGGAGGGGUGUCAAACUCAUUUUCAUUGGGGGCCACGUCGCAGUAAUGGCUGAUUUCAAAGGGCCGCUUUUUUAAAAUUAAUUUACAUUAUGCAUGCGGGUAAAAACCUGUGAUUAAUCAUGAUUAAUCAUGAUUAAUCGAAAUGCAUAUUCAUUUUAUUAUUUCUUUUUUUUUUGUAUGUAUAACUUGCUUUAAAAUCAUAAAUAAAGGUGACAAGCAGAUAUGUACCUAUUUGAUUUUAUCUCACAAAAAUAGUCUUGCAAUACAGUAUAUAAUAAUAUAAUUGGCAUGAUCAGAUAAUAUUAAAGCUGUUUGUUUACAUGCUUUUUAUUUUAUUUCUCUUUGCUAUUUGGGCUUAUUGGACCCUAGUUUGAAUAAAAACUAAGAAUCAUCUUUUGAUAUGAUGUACUUAGUCCAUAAGUACACAAACGUGUACUUCAUGUUUAAUGACAUGCUAAUUCUUAUUUUUACACUUUUUUUUUUCUCCAAAUUCCAUUGUAUGUUAUACUCUUCUGACACCACCAGAUGGCAGUAUAAGUGUCCACAUAAGCGGCCAUAAGACCCCAAUUCAGUAGUGUACACAAUUUUGGAAAUGAGAGCUAAAAGGUUCUGACAACGCAUGUGGCCACUAAGCCUUUAGAGCUUUUAAUUACGCUUGAAUAUUCAUGCACAGCAUUUACUUAUAUGACCCAAUGCAAACAACCUUCCCUAGUCAUAGUGCAAAAAAUAAAAUAAAAAAUGCACCCAACACAAAAUGUCAAAAGACAAACAGACAUAACAACCUGCUCACCGGACUUUGUGGACAUGAUAAAUGAUAAAACAUGUCCUUGAACCAUAGGAAAUUCAAAAUUUAAAUCCCUUUGAAAAGUUAGCGGGAUGAAAAAUGGCGUGGCCUUAUUUUACAAUAAAAAUAAGUACUUUUUUUAAAAAUAAUUUAGAGAAAAAUGCUGUAAAAAACAUAUUAAAUUUCACAAUUUUCCCAUGAAAUCUACUUUUAAAUUGAGCAAUUUGAUGCAUAACUUGCUUUGACAGGUGUCAAAGUGGUUUUCACUGAGGGCCACAUCGCACUUAUGUUUGGCCCCUGAGGGCCACUUCUAACAGUGAAUACUAUUAUUACUAGAGAUGUCCGAUAAUAUCGGUCUGCCGAUAUUAUCGGCCGAUAAAUGCGUUAAAUCUAGUGUGUGUGUGACAAUCAUUGGUACUUUAAUCUUUUAAUCUUUAAAAUGUAAUAUCGGAAAUUAUCGGUAUCGUUUUUUUUAUUAUCAGUAUCGUUUUUUAUUUUAUUUUUUAUUUUAUUUUAUUUUUUAUUAAAUCCACAUAAAAAAACACAAGAUACACUUACAAUUAGUGCACCAACCCAAAAAACCUCCCUCCCCCAUUUACACUCAUUCACACAAAAGGGUUGUUUCUUCCUGUUAUUAAUAUUCUGCUUCCUACAUUAUAUAUCAAUAUAUAUCAAUACAGUCUGCAAGGGAUACAGUCCGUAAGCACACAUGAUUGUGCGUGCUGCUGGUCCACUAAUAGUACUAACCUUUAACAGUUAAUUUUACAAAUUUUCAUUAAUUACUAGUUUCUAUGUAACUGUUUUUAUAUUGUUUUACUUUCUUUUUUAUUCAAGAAAAUGUUUUUAAUUUAUUUAUUUUAUUUUAUUAAUUAAAAAAAAAGUACCUUAUCUUCACCAUACCUGGUUGUCCAAAUUAGGCAUAAUAAUGUGUUAAUUCCACGACUGUAUAUAUCGGUUGAUAUCGGUAUCGGUUGAUAUCGGUAUCGGUAAUUAAAGAGUUGGACAAUAUCGGCAUAUCGGAUAUCGGCAAAAAGCCAUUAUCGGACAUCCCUAAUUAUUACACUAUUUUUUAUGCAUUUAUUAGUAAAUGUUUAAAAAAACUAAAAUGUAAAAAAAUAUAUGGUAAGUUGCAGUACACUUCUGCUGUUUUUAUGGUAAAAAAAAAAAAAAAAAA